AUGGACAGCAAAACAGAAGAGAUUCAUGUAAUACUAGACAGCCUAAACAAUGCAGACCCGGGGAUUACCCAUUCUGCCCUUAGUAUGCUAGUGCAAAAAAUGCGGUCAUCCGCCUCUGUGGCAUCAACUAUACCACAGAUUCUUUUAUAUUUAGUUUCACAGAAAGAUGUUCUUCAAAAUAAACUGGCAACACUCACUGGAGAGAAUAGAAAGCUAAUGGCGGACAUACUUUCGGUUAUAUCAGCGACGCUUACCACGGCAGAAAGUUUGCAGUAUAGGCUGGAGGGAGGUGCUACAUCUAUGGACAUAUGGGGGCACCACUAUGCAAAGAAGCUGGCUAUCGACAUAAUAAAAACUCUAAGGAAUCACAUGCACACUAAAAAAGAGUGCCACUGCCAGAAUAAGGGGCUUAAGUGCACUAUAAUGUCGGCGGAGGAGAAAAGGGGCAUGUCACUGUCGAAGAACCUUUCUGUUUCAGAGAGCAAGGAUGCAGAGGCAGAGGCAGGAGAUGUGGAAGAGAGCAAGCACCCAGAGAAAGAAGAUGCGCUUGAGCUGACUCCUGAGAUGGAAGGGCCGCUGGAGGCAGUAAUUGCUGAGGUGGUAGAGUGCAUGUUUAAGUUCAACUGUGAGUGUGAGUGUAUAGAUUUCCUGCUAGACAUCGAUCGAAUAGAAAUGCUUUUAGAGCACAUUGAUAGGGACAACCAGGAAAGGAUCAUACGGUAUAUGCAGGCCCUUAUGUACUUUAUAAGAAACGAGCGAGUGACAGAGACCUUUUUAGAGGUGCUUAAGAAAAGCAAGAAAUUAGAGGAGUAUGCUGUGUUUAUGAUAAGAGAGAAGAAGUAUGAACAGCUACUUGAUGAGACUGUUGGUUUCAGCAAAGUGGAUCAAAUAAAGAUCUUUUACAUCAUGGGCAAGCACGAGAUGUGGAGCAAAGUGCCAAAGAGCAGGUGGAAUGCAUUUACACAGACUGUUUCAAAAGAGAAAUUCCCGAAUGGAUUUUCUCCAGAGCAUAUCACAAGCAAUGCGUACAUGGCAGACCUAAACAAAUAUGUAAGUGAAAGGCUAGAGCUUAACAAAGAAAUAGUUGGUGAUUUUGGGUCAUUCUCAGAUGCUCUUUCGAAGGCAUCAUUCUCUGCUGAAACACUUGCAGAGCCAGAGAACAAAAAGACAUACAAAAUAACCACGCAGUGCUCAAAGGGGCUUCUGUACCUCUGGGACCAGAACAAGGCACUAAAUGAGCUAGAGGAGCAUAUUUUCUCUGAAGACGGAUAUUUAAAGGUAUCAAGCAUUUUGGCUCUUGCAACAGCAACGUGCAAGGUCUAUGACUACAAUGACACGGUGCUGGCGGCUGUUACCGAGGGUUUGGAUACAAAAUCUGUUACACAAAGGAUUGUUCUUCUUAUUAGUUUGGCCAUGAAGUACUCCGGCACUCAUGACAUGGACAUUUAUGACACACUGCACUCUUUAUUAUACGAUGAUACUCUGGAAGUUGUUCUUUUUGCAAUGUAUGCGAUAGGAAAUAUAUUCUGCGGCAGUUAUAAUAUAGACAUAUACACGGAUCUGGUGAAGAUACUGGCUAGCAGAAUAUGUGGUGAGGCUCCAAGCAUUUCUCCCAUAAUUAAAUUUGCUCUUCUAGGUAUUUCCCUGCUGUUCUUUGAAGCAGGCGACAAAGUAGGCGCAGUGCUUGAGUCCUGCGAGGUCUUGGAUGACUAUGGUGCAUCUCUCUCCAUUCUUAUGCAAGCCAUGGCAUGCAUCGGAACAGGAAAUACCCAAGCCAUCUACGACAUACUGAAGGAGGCUCUCAAUGAGCAGACAAACAAUGAAAACGACUACAGAGAAGUGUUUGGUAUCCUGGGCGUGGCAUUAAUUUCACUUGGUGAUGACACUUUGGUGCAGAUGGCAGGGCACAUUCUUGAAGGGUCUAUGCUUCUGGAUACAUAUAAGGUCCAAAUGGCAAUCCCAAUGGCGUACAGUCUGUUAUAUCUGUCCACAGGAAAGACAGAAGUCAUUGACAUUCUCAGGCGGUGCAUGCAUAGCACAAACUCUUCAGUUGUUCUCUCCUCAAUCAUUGGCCUGGGGCUGGUCUCGGCAGGAACAAAUAAUUCCCGUGUGAAGACCGCCCUCGAUGAAAUGAGCAGCUUCUGUGGAAAGGGCGCGUCUGGCAGCGCACUCAAAAUAUCACAGGGUCUUCUGCGGCUGGGCAAGGGCAUGCACAAACUCUCUCUGUUCAACGACUCUGUAAUUUCAGGCAAGUCUGUUGGAUGUCUCAUGGGAUUUAUGCUGAGUGCACUUGAUGGCGGCAUUGGAAUCCUUGACAGGUACUACUUUGUCCUUAUGCUUGUAGGAGCAGGAAUAACCCCCAAGUACUUAAUCGCACUGGAUAGGUCAGGAAAGCCCACAGAGUGUAAUAUUCGCGUAGGAAAUAAAAUAGAUACUGCAGGAGUACCCGGCCGACCAAAAGCGCUUUCCGGCGUACAAGUACAUGCAUCACCAGUAAUUCUACAAACAGCAGAAGGCGCUGAAGUGCUGGGUGAUUCUGUCUCCUACCACACAAACGGCGGUGUUGUAAUCGUCACCCAGCCUGCAAAGAAAUCUGGAUCUGACGAUGAAGAGGACUCAUAAUUCUCCAAAAAAUAAAGUUAUUCUUGGUUUUAACCGC